CAAAAAGCUUCUUGUUUUUUUCCUUCAGCCUUAUGACUGAAGCACAUGGUGACAAUUUCACGUUCUGAUUCUCAGAAGCCAGAAGGAGAAACGUUCUUCCCUCGCUCAAACCCAUCAACUCACUCUCAUUUCAGAUCUCUAAAGGUGAAAACCAGCGGAUAUGGACAGAAAACAUCCUACAUGGACUCUAACGUGUCUUCUUAUGGUCUUCCCAGUUGUGUUGGGGACAGCAGAAAAUGUUGCAGGGAAGCUAAUUUUCUACCAAAUGGAGGGAAAUGCUAUAUAUGUGAGAAACACAGGAGAGCUGGCAUCAGGAGUUCCCACGGAGACAAUGUUCGAACUCUUUGAUCCCCUGAAGCGUCUCAGCUCUGCGGAGUUCACUUAUACCUGGGACUUAGGGAACGGAGAAGUGAUUCGUGGGACAGAACCAGUUGUCCGCUAUCAUUACUCAGAAUCAGGGAACUACACCAUGCAGCUGAACGUUGGAGCGACUGUGAGCAAAACUGCACCUCCGAUCACCGGAGUCUACUCCACGGACGUUCAAGUCCUCGAUGCCAUCACAAACAUUGAACUGAAGGAACCUUUGGACUAUAAGGUGUCUCAGGACACCAGUUUGGCUUUUCAUGUCGAUGGAAGUCCUCCGAUGUGGACCUGUUGGCGUUUCCUCGCGAACUGUGAGCCUGACAUGACGGUAGGCUGCACGCUGGCCAUGCAGUACGAAAACACCCUGCAGCUGAACCACACCUUCACCUCUGCUGGAGUCCACUGUCUGGACAUCAGUGUCCGCAACGACAUCAGCAAAAUGCAGACCUCCUUCAGCCUUUACGUCAGGAGGGACAAUUUCUGGCUCCAGUGAUGCCAUGUUUCUAACGGACCGGGCCUCUGAGAGCCAAAACAAAAUCCAUUUGAACUUCUUCACCAUGGAGAGAGGAGAGAAAGUGCCGCUCAUGCUCCAGCAGGGGACUCAGUGCUGCUCUUAAUUACCACACUGCUUCUUCAGGCUGGAUACAAUUACAUUUUAAUGCAAAAAGAGUUAACUUUCAUCUCUUUCUCUAUCCCUUCCUAAACAUGUAAUCUGCAACUAAUCUGCUUGACCAGAUCUAACGUGCUGUGGUGUUUAUCAGAAAYAAUUUGAAAUCAUUUGAAAUGGUGCUUUUGCCACCGGUGUUCAGCCAGAGGCCACAUGAUGUGGAUGAUAAUCUAUUAUUGAGCUGCAGUAUGAGAAAUGGCUGAAGUGCAGCUCAUGUUUUAAGAAGCAGGCAUGAUUUAUGUAAGCUGUGAAAAAAAUCAUCUAUUUGUGGU